AUGUCGAUGAUAUUUCCACCUGAUGAGGAUGGUCCAUACAUUGAGAUAGAGCUUGAUCAUGCUGGUGACAGCAAGAAUAGUUGUAUGCAUGAUAAGGUAGAAGUAGAACACGGGGAAGAGUGCGAGUUGCGCAUUUCGAUUUCGUCAACCAUUUCUGUUUCCCUUCAAAAAGAGAGUAAAAGUGUUGAUAGUGCUGCUGAAGUUGGGCUUGGACCUUCAAUGAUCAGGAAACAACCAAGCUUGACAACACCAACAUCAUCGAACGGGAUCAUGGUGAAACUAAUGAUUAAGUUUCGACGAAUAAAAAUCAGAUCAUUCAUUGCAUCACUCAUGAAACCAGCACAAAACUUCCAAACCGGCUCAAGCAAAAAGUCUAUAACCUUUUUUCAGUGUUAUGAGGAGGAUAGCAUAAGUGCCUCUUUGAGGAAGAGUAGAAGACGCAUGGAUAUGGAUUUGGGAGCAUUUAAAGGUGUAUUCAAUGCUAUAGGAAUGAGCAGAAGAAGAUCGAAAAGAAGAUCGGAUGCUUCAACUUCAUGUAACAGCACACCAACUCAUGAAGGAUUUUCAAAAGAUAAUUCUAUUCAAGGAGCUAUUGCCUAUUGUAAGAGUUCAUUUGGUCAAACAUCUGAUUUCACUUUCUCAAGUUCUAUUACUUCUACUCCUACUAGGUUUGUAGGAUAUCAUGAUUGA